UGGAAGCUUCAGACUGUCAUAGUCAACAGAGGGAGGAGAUGGGAAAGGGUCCAGUUCUGAUGAGCAGCAGGAGAAGAAACAGAAGGAAAAUACAGCCUAUGCCAAGAAAAUGGUGCUCCGGAUAGCAGGGCUAAUGGGAGCUGGUAGCGGGAUAGCAGUUAUCUAUAUUUUUGGUAGUAAUUCAGUGGACGAGCAAGGGGCUAAGAUCCCAGACGAAUUUGAUAAUGAUCCAGUGGUGGUUCAGCAGCUCCGAAGGACGUAUAAAUAUUUCAAAGACUAUAGGCAGAUGAUUAUAGAGCCCACCAGCCCGAAGCUGCUUCCAGACCCCCUGAAAGAACCAUACUACCAGCCUCCCUACACCCUGGUCAUUGAGCUUACAGAUGUGUUGCUCCAUCCCGAGUGGUCGCUAGUAACUGGCUGGCGCUUUAAGAAGAGACCGGGCAUUGACAGUCUGUUUCAGCAGCUGGCUCCGCACUAUGAAAUAGUCAUCUUUACAUCUGAGACGGGCAUGACGGCAUUCCCCCUCAUUGACAGCGUGGACCCUCACGGAUUCAUCUCCUAUCGGCUUUUCCGAGAUGCCACCCGUUACAUGGAUGGACACCACGUUAAGGAUAUUUCCUGCCUGAACAGAGACCCCGCCAAAGUGGUGGUGGUGGACUGCAAGAAGGAAGCGUUCCGCCUGCAGCCUUUCAACGGCAUGGCACUGAAGAAAUGGGACGGCAGCUCCGACGACAGGGCGCUCUUCGACCUCGCCGCCUUCCUGAAGACUAUUGCCUUGAGUGGGGUCGAGGAUGUCAGGACGGUGCUGGAGAACUACUCGAUGGAGGACGACCCGCUGGAAGCAUUUAAACGUAGGCAGUCUCAGCUGGAACAGGAGGAACAGCAGCGGCUCGCCGACCUGUCCAAGAACAAGAAGCAGCAGCUCUUCCUGGGCUCCCUGGCAAGCCGGCUGUGGCCUCGGUCCAAGCAACAGUGACUCUCUCCUGUGCGGCCCCCGCCCGCUUGUGGACCGUCAGAGCAGCGUGGUCUGGGGGCGGGGUUCCAGCAAUGGCAUCCGCUUUACAAGGCCUCCAGAACUGCCUUCAGACUUAGCCCUUUCCAGACCCCCUCUGCGGGGUGGAGAGCCGGCAGGCAGAGAUUCCCGCACCGGCGCUACGGUGGCCUGUGUCUCUGCGGAGAAAUGGACUUCUCUCAGUACAAGUAAGGGUGCAGGGGGAGGGGGUCAGUCCCUAAUUAGCUUCUAGAUUCCCCCCCCCCUCGUGUCAUGUUUCCUUCAGACGAGAGAGAGGACCGCACUGCUCCUGUUGGCGUGAAUGGAAACGGUGGUACGCACGCUUCAAAUAAAGGGUCAUCGUUCUA